AUGGAGCACCUGGGUCCACACCAUCUCCACCCCGGCCACGCGGAGCCCAUCAGCUUCGGCAUCGACCAGAUCCUCAACAGCCCGGACCAGGGAGGCUGCAUGGGGCCAAACUCACGCCUCCAGGACGGAGAAUACGGCCUUGGCUGUUUGGUCGGAGGCGCCUACGCUUACGGCGGCGGGGGACCGGCGCUGAGCGCUGCGGGGGUGAUUCGAGUCCCCGCGCACAGGCCACUAGCUGGAGCGGUGGCCCACCCCCAGCCUCUGGCUACCGGCUUGCCAACGGUGCCCUCGGUGCCUGCCGUGCCUGGUGUCAACAACCUCACCGGCCUCACCUUCCCCUGGAUGGAGAGUAACCGCAGAUACACAAAGGACAGGUUCACAGGUCACCCCUAUCAGAACCGGACACCCCCCAAGAAGAAGAAGCCGCGCACGUCCUUCACGCGCCUGCAGAUCUGUGAGCUGGAGAAGCGCUUCCACCGCCAGAAGUACCUGGCCUCGGCAGAGCGCGCAGCCCUGGCCAAGGCGCUCAAAAUGACUGACGCGCAGGUCAAAACCUGGUUCCAGAACCGGCGGACAAAGUGGAGGCGGCAGACCGCGGAGGAGCGCGAGGCCGAGAGGCAGCAGGCGAACCGCAUCCUCCUGCAGCUGCAGCAGGAGGCCUUCCAGAAGAGCCUGGCGCAGCCGCUGCCCGCCGACCCGCUCUGCGUUCACAACUCGUCGCUCUUCGCCCUGCAGAACCUGCAGCCGUGGUCGGACGACUCCACGAAGAUCACCAGCGUCACGUCGGUGGCGUCGGCCUGCGAGUGA